UACACAGGUUUCAUGUCCAAUGUGCCGCGCGCGUGAUAAGGCUGGCACCGAGCGACGGGAUAGUGAAAUAUUCAAAGCGAUACUCGUCGAUUUCGAAGAACAGAUUGGAACUGACGAUGUUGCAAAGGACAAGCUUGUGGAGGAGUUAAGACAUGCGUUGAUCUCUGAUCAAGAUGUAUUGGAGCAAAAGCAGUUCGUUUUGGACGAGAAGGAGAUAGAAAUACUCGCAAAGGACGAAGCUAUUGCUCGACUGGAAACGGAAAAUGCUGACUUGAUGAAAAAAUAUGAAUUAAUCCUAGCUGAUUCCAAUGAUCAAAUAACCUGUUUUAAACAAAAAGAAGAUGAAAUGAAACAGAAUUACGUCGAACUCGAACGCUCCCAGGAUGAACUGACUGUCGAGAAGAACGCGAAAGCAGGAAAUUUUUCAAAAGCUCACAGAUAG